CUGGUGGGGAUGGACAUGGAGACGGGCGUCAUCAUGGAAACGGCUGACCUCAAGGCUCUGCUGGCUAAUGGCGGUAGGCAGGACCGGGAGGUGGCCAAGCAACUGGCAUCGAAACUGUACCAUCUGGACGGUUUCCAGAGGACUGAGGUGGCCCCCUACCUGGAUAAGAACAACGAGUUCAGUCAAAUGUUGGCUGAGGAAUACCUGCAACUGUUUGACUUCUGCGAGAUGUCUCUCGAUCAAGCUCUGAGGAAAUUCCUGACGGCGUUCGUCCUGACUGGAGAGACACAGGAGCGCGAGCGAGUGUUGGACCACUUCUCCGGCCGCUUUCAGCGGUGCAAUCCAGAGGCCUUCCGCAGCCGAGGUGAGCCGGGGCUCGGGAAUCUCUCCCGUCCCGCUCAGAUUCGACGGCGAACGGAACGCUGACCCGGCUCGUCUCCGUCAGUCCCAGGGAUCGGCCUUUCGCUCCUCCGUCGCCAGGGCAACCUUCCUCGGCUGAGGGACGUGAGCGAGACAGCCCCGUCCUCGGGAAUGCGGGUUUCGAAAGCAGAGCAAAUCCCUUUUUGGGAGCCAAAAGGGCGUCAGGCGACGAAGCCUUCGUUUACGUGGGGACAUUAAUUGGUCUUUUUCGCGAAAAUCCUCUUUGGGUUGCUUUAGUUGAACCGUGGCACCAGUGUCAGUUUUCCACACAAGCGCAGCGGCCUAAAGCGAGCUUUGGAAAAGCAGGGGAUACCUGUCACGCGUUUGAGUUCGGUUUGGUGGGUGGAGGGGGGCGGCGGGUGUUGGUGCAGGCGAGGUUUUUGUGACGAGACAGACCGCAAAUCUCUCGCGCCCUGUUUCCU